UACGGGAUAUUUUGAUCAGUCUACUACCGAAAUAUUGACAUGUGUUUCUUUUGUAAUUUGUGAGUCGUAAACUAAAAAAUCUAAUUAAAAGCCUGAAUUUACCAAAUACCAGUGAAAAUCUAUGAUAACGACACCAUGGCUACUUACGACAACAAAGCUUGGCUUCUAAAAAAUAUAAGAGAUGCGUUUAUUGCCACGGACGACACCGGUUUAUGUGAAAUUGUGAUGGCAGGGGAAGAUUUUUCAAAAAUAUUUCAGACCAAAGCUAUGGAAGAAAAAAAGCGCAUCAAGGAAAAAGCAAUAAGCAGGCCAAGUACAAGCAGAGGAAAAGAAAGUUUUACGGAAGAGGAGGAGGAAAAAGAAAUUGCGACUCAGUUUGAUCCCUAUCCUGACAUGGAAGAUAGUGAUGAGGAUGCUAUGUACGGGAGCUGGUUCCGUCACGAAGAGUUUGCAGGACACAGGCAAAGGUCAAACACAUCACAGUGGCUGGACAAAAAAGAAUUAGCUUUAAAAAGGGCAGCAAAAAUAAAAGUUAUAAAAUGGGAAGGACCUUGCCCACAACUAACAGAUGAACAGAUUGCAGAAGCUUUUGAGAAAGUGGAAAUAAAAAAGCUGGAAAAGAAACGGUCCUUGUUAACAGAACAAUUAGAGAAAUGUCCAGAUUUUCCCCAUCGUCAGUAUCUGGAGUAUGCAAAGUUCGAUGGCACAGCACAACUGGGGUUACCCACUAAAGUCUUUAAGAUCUUUAUGACCAUGUUACCAGAGAAACAUCAGAAUUACCCCGUUAUUGUUUGUGUUAUUGCCAGUGCUAAGAUCAAAGACUUGAUCGGUUUCACAUGCUACAAGUACAGCAUAGAACAUCCAGAAAUAACACUAGGAUCUGUGCAUGAUUAUGGCCUUUGCAUAGCAGAAGACGAUGGUGAAGUAGACUGGGCAUUUCCCUGUCUUGAUAACAAUGAACCAUGCUCAAAGUUCGGCUUUACUUGUCUUGGCCUUAUUGAUGUAAAAACCAAGGUAAAAGUGGACACACAUCCCAUACCGGACAUAGAAAUGGGACACGCAUUUCACUGUUUUCCAAAAGCAGCUGUGUCUGGCCAGAGUAAUGUGAACUCUUCUAGACAGCACACAGAGGGUAGCGAUACUUCAGAAAUUAAUAAGGUCAUCGAUUCUGUUAUGGAAGGUAACAAAGGCUUUGGCUUGCAGUCGGGCACCCCUAUAACAGACGCACCUCAGGAUAAAUUAUACAGGGUUCAACUUUUACACAAGAUGAGGACUAGCACGCCAGUUCAGCUCGGCAUCACAUUGGAUCAGAUUGAAGUGGUCCCAUUAGUUACACAAAAACAUGCAUUUUGGUCUCGACCAAAAUAUUUCUUACACAGUAUGAACUCGGUAGCGUGGUGUCAGAUAUUAGAAGCUAAAAGCAACAAGACUGCAUUUCGUAUUUUAUACUCGCCUAGUCAUGAUACUGCUUUCAACGAUCGCUACAGUGCAGGCAACACCAGUGCAUUUCAACCAACAACAGUGUACAAGAAACACGACUUCGAAUGCGAUCACGACACUGCGAAGAAAAUCGUGGACAAAGUGAACACAAUAUUAGACUUAAGGAACAGUCCUUGCCGACGCGAAUACAAAAACGCCAAAGAGAAAAAGCUCCAAACGCGACGGAGUUUCUACACAAAGCAACUAAGUUGAGUCCAAUUCCUUUAUAUUAUGUACAUAGACCGAAAGUUCCUUUACACUCACAAUUCUUUGUCGACUGAAUUAUUUAAAGUUUGCCAGUUAAAGAACACUCACAUUGUUAAUUGGAAUAGACGGUAGGUCUUGAAGGUAAAGCUUAGAGUUAUAAUGUGUGUACAUUGAUAAGGGUUUAUUGAAAAACUUUUACAUGGAGGUAGACAGAAGUUGGGGCUUAUUGAUUUACACACAUUGUAAAUGGAAUUUUGAUGAGUUUACUAUUGUUUCUCAUUCAAAGUUAUGACUAGUCAUAAGUACUUUGAGUAUUAUAAAUUAUAAUUUUUGUUCGCAUAACUAUGAACAACCGUAGAUAUAUUCAUAUCAUGUUAUACAGCUGCCAGAUGGAAAUAGUACUGCCAUAAGUGUUUGUGUGUGUUGAAAUACCCGUCCCUUGCAAAACUUUUUUUAUUUAUAAAGUAAGGUACAAGUGAACGCGAAUUAAUGAGUACUUAGACUGAGAUUUAUAGUACUACAUAUGAAUUAUAUCUUUAUGUUCCUAUGCCAUUUAUUAUUUUUAAAUGAAAACAUUCUCUUUAUGUACCUACUAAAAGCAUAAAAAUAAUGUCGCACAUAAUUUGUGUAAAUAUUAAUGGUCCAUGUUGGUGCCUCGAUUAUUAGACACAAUUUGUAACAAGCCUUACGCCACAAAGCCUCAAUGUUUGAUAUCGAAAUAAUUGGUAAUACUGACUAUUUGAAUGAAGAAGUUAAUGUGUGAUUAUUUAUUCAAAUUACUUAAAAUAUUUUUCUUUGUUUUUGUGAAGCAAAUGUAUAAAAAUUACUAUAUAAAUAUACUACUGAUAUACCUAUGUAUGA